AUGUUUUAGAGGGGUUGGAAAAUGUCUGGAAUAUAUUAUUUCGUUAUUGUUGGGCACAGAGACAAUCCUAUAUUUGAGAUGGAAUUCAGUGGAUCAGGGAACCGAGAGAGUCGUAAAGAAGAUCAUCGUCAUUUAAACCAGUUUAUUGCUCAUGCUGCACUAGAUCUUGUUGAUGAACAUAUGCUUAGGUAG